ACUCUUAUGUGUUGUUUAUCCACAAUCAGCAGUCACUCAGCAGAACUAUGAUCAAAAGCGAAGCAUCAUUAGUAUUACAAUAUUCUUCCAGAGAGUAGAGUUUGAUAUGACGGAAAUUUGGCUGUUAUUUCUAGCUGACUGAACCAUCACAUAUGUGCCGUGUUGUUUAGUCCCAAAACUGCUUCAAUCGGAAAGACGUAUAAUCAAAUGAAUUUCUAUCACAGUCCCAUCUUGUUUUCAGUUACUGUGUAACCAGGAGUACGUCAUUUUAUUUAUUUAUUUUGUGAAUGGCAGGGUGUGGUUUGACGAGAUUUGGCUGCUAUUUGUAGCAAAUCGAAGGCCAGCAUAGAGGCUCCUCUUAUUGGUAUUUUCAAAUCGAUCGGAGUCGUGCGGUGCGCGAGAAUGAUUUCGGCGAAUCAAAUUCACCGUUCGGUUUCCACUCCCAGUAGGAACCGCUUCGCUUAGGAUGUUAACGUCACAACUUCCUAUUUUACAUUAAGAAAAAAUCAUGCUUGUUAGUACGAUACAUAUAUCAAGAUUUGUAUAUUGCAACUAUAUAGAAUUAUAGACAAUAAACUGAUUAAAUCAGCUAUUCAAACUGCCGUCCUAUCAACCUCGUUGACAGAAAACUACAUACAAUGAAAAAUAUCAAAUAAAGAAAAGACUUUUUACUGCUCAAACGUCGUUUACAUACAGAUAAUUAUAUUCGUAUCGUCUCUGAUUAAAACAGCCUCCGAACCAAAAUCUGGAAUAUUUUUUAACCAAAUAAUAAAAAGAAGGGAAAAUGAUUAUACUAAUUAAUCGUUGCUAAAUUAAUCCAAGUAGUUUUCUUGAUCUGUUAUUUGUCUAUUCUUUUCAAUAUCAAUUUUUUUGAAAAUUGGCACUAAAACUCAUUAUGAAGGAAUACAAAGUGGUUGUUUUAGGUAGCGGAGGUGUUGGCAAAAGCGCUCUCACCGUGCGGUUUGUGUCUGGUAAUUUUAUGGAGAAAUAUGAUCCGACUAUUGAAGAUUUCUAUCGGAAGGAGAUCGAAGUGGAGACUGCUCCUUGUGUUCUAGAGAUCUUGGAUACAGCCGGCACGGAACAGUUUGCUUCUAUGAGAGACUUGUACAUAAAAAACGGCCAAGGCUUUGUUAUAGUAUAUAGCAUUACUAGUCUGCAGACUUUCCAGGAUAUCAAAACUAUGCGUGAACAGAUUAUGCGAGUGAAAGGUGUCGAUCGGAUCCCUAUGUUGUUGGUUGGGAACAAAGUCGAUCUUGCCCAGACUCAGCGUGAAGUGAAUACUAUAGACGGAGCUCUUCUAUCUGAUAACUGGGGCUGCCCAUUCUUUGAGACUUCUGCUAAAACCACACUUAACAUCGACAAUGUCUUUAUUGAGAUUGUGCGGGAGAUGAAUGCUACACCAAUUAGAGAAAGAAGAGAAUGUUGCAGUAUUCUGUGAACACAGGUUAAUCGUGUGGACUGUUUAUCCUACUUCUGAUUACCUAUCAACUGAAAAACUGCCUGUGAAUUUACACUGACAAUUCAAUUUGUUGUGUGCAAGCAUUGCGGCUGUUAAUCAGUGUUUGGAAACAUUCAUUCUUGCUGACUAGUUGGUUCCUGAUUGUCAGAUUGGUUCUACCAGCUGCUGCUAUCAUCACCAUUUAAUCAAAUAUCAGACAUCAGUUUCUCCAUCUGCAGCUACCAGCUCUGUUCGUCAACCAAUUAUCAAAUAGUAAUCUUGUGACCUCUUCACCUGACAUAAAUUGGUCAUCUUCUGAAUAUUUCUGCGAAUACUUUCAAUGAGAGUACACAUUUCCGCAGUUCUGUUUGAAUCCAUGUUGUAGAGGUUCUGUCUAAAGUGACAUCUUAUAGACUUUAUCGCCAUCAUAGUUGCAUGAACUUAAAGAGUCUUAGAAGAAAAAAAAAAUCAGUAAAACAAAAUCAAGCAUUAAUAUAUCAAAGUUGAAUCAAUUCAUGUCCUUGUUUAGGUGCUUUCAGAAAAAGCAAAAUCAACCCCUCUGCUUAUCUUUUUUUUUUUUUUUAAAUUUUAUUUUAUAUCUAACUUUUACUUUUCUAAAUCUACCAUAUACUCUGGUUUGAAAAUACUGAGGAAUCUAAUUUUUAGAUAUAUUUUCUAAAAGGAAAAACUUCACUUUCUAUGAGCUCUAGUUAUCCUUUUGUGGUCAAAGACAUGGAAGUCACUAGGAACUUCACCGCUGUCUGUCUUUGAUUUGUUGCUGUAUCAUGAAGUUGUUUUUUUUAUCAACAAUCAAAUUUUGCAUUCAACAUCCAUUUCUUAGCAACCUCAUGAGUAUGAAAAAUUUUGAUGUAGUGUUUUCUACAUUAUCCAACUGAAACAUACUGGCAAAAAGCCAAGGAAUAUAUCUUUAACAUCUUUAUAAUAGUAUUUUUAUAAGCAUGUUUAAAAUUUAUAUUUGAAGAUUGAUUUUGAAAAGUAUCAGUUCUAGGAAUUCUUUAGAAAUAUUAUUUUAGUUUGGUCAUUUUACUUAUGUUAAAAGACUACAAUUAUAAUAAUAUGUGGCUUCACUUUUAGAAAUCUUGAAGCUAAAAAUUAACUCAACCAAUAAACACCACCUUUUGAAAGCUUUGCUUCUGUACGAAUCUAGUUAUUUGAUGGUAUUACUGAAAAUACAUAGUGAAAUGUGCCUAGAGUCAGAGGAAUGAUCAUUUCAAGCCAGACAUAUUCACCCAUCCAGCAAAGAUUAAAUGCUGAAUACACAGCAAGAUAACAAGAGGUCAGUAAGUGUUGUGCUCAUGUCUUCUUUUCCUCAUGAACUCUUAACAAAUUUCUCCUGCCAUUAGAGUUUAUAUGACAGUGCAGUAUGAUAAUUUCAUCUAACAUUUAAAAACUCACUUACAAAUCUCUGCUGACUGUUUAUUUUUGACUGUUUUGUUUUUGUAAUUAAAUUUGCAUAAAGUGCGCUGUCACUUGAACAUUAUGUUAUUAAAGCUCCUGCAGAAUGUUUUUGCACUAACUUCCUAAAUAAAAAGACUAAUUAUAAUAAUAAUAGAUGAGCUGAGGUUUUAAUAUGAAAAUUUGAACUAAUGUGCUUCUUAUUAGAAAUAUCUACUGCUAGUUACUGCAGUAGUUCAGUUUUUUUUUUUUUUUCAAUGCCAUAUUAUUUUGGCUUGGUUACAGUCAUUUGUAAUCAUGUAGACUGAAGUUCUAACAAAUUUAAUGCUUUCAUCUUUGAUCUGCAAUACUGAAUGAAGCCUUUGUCACAAAACCAAUCUCAAUGUCUUUCAUAUAGUUCUAUGAGUCUAAAUAUUGAUUGUCCAAACUGUGCUUAGAUCAGCGCAAAACCCUAAAUCCCACAGCUUUAAAUGUAUAAUGGUGACAAAUAGAACUGUGUAUUACUGUCAUCCAAAGAUUUCUGAAACAUUUUGUACAACUUUAGUUUGCAUUAAUUUUUAUAUAUUUUUUUAUCUAAGAGUUCAAUCUUAUUUAGUUACAUCAUCUAUAUCAAGUUCUAAAGUCAACAGAUUACUCAUAGCUAGUAGGAAUAUAGGGCAAAAUUCUAAUGAUAUUCUGCUGUUUUACAUCUUUUCAAUGCUCAGUUUGGACAAAAACAACAAAAAAACAACAAUAAAACAAAAAAAAAUGCAUUCUUCACUAUUUAGAUAUUCAUAGUCUUUUCUCUUUAGAAAUUCUAGCUGGGACCAUUGAAAACAGAAGCCACAUGAUGUUGUGGCUGGAUCUUUCAAGUUAUAACUUAUGAUGUGGCAUCCAUUCUUCUCUGUUCUUAUAUGUAUAUUGUAAAUAGAAAUCCUGUUAUUUAAUCAUCUCUAUUUCUGUCAAGUGUCUUAACUUUCCAUUAAUUUUUGUAGUGACUUAUUUCGAAGUGGAAAUCGUAUUGAGUAAGGUUUGGCUUAGUUUAAUCGACUGUAGCUUGUUGUUGCAGUUGUUCUCCUGCCUUGUAUUAAGCACACAAUUCCUGCGCAAUACAAUUCCUAUCUGGGUUCUAUGACUGCCUAAAUCUCUAUCUAAACCUGCUUUAUUUUGUAUUUAUAUUUUUAAUCCUCAAUAUCAAAUGAUCUGAUAGCAUUUACAAAGGCUCAAUCAGUUCAGUUGGGUGAGCAAACUUUUCCUACUCUCCAGUGUAGGAUUGCUGUCAUUACAGAAAUGGUUUUAGAAACUACUACUCAAUGCUAAGCUCUGUUUGAUCUUUAAAUUUUUACAACUACCUCAGCAAAGCAAAUAUAUCAUCUGAUUUCCAUAGAUUCCUAUAAAAUUUAUUUUUGUUUAAAUUUUUUUUUUUAAAUAAGCUCUUAAUUAGCAUCUAUCUUUGUUUAGUUUCCUACCUUGCUGUAGGCACCAAAGUAAAAGUAUUUAGAAAUAUGUCACCUAUGAGUUGACUUAUGUUUCUCUUAAGAAUUUGAUUUCCAUUGUAUAUUACCAUAGUUAUGUCAACCAGCCAUCUUAAAGAAUUGCUGGCAGACCAAAAAAAACAACCAAAAAAAAAACCUCAUGGUUCAUCCUUUAUAGACAAAAGUAUCAAAUGUAUAUUGGUUUUAGUGCUCUCCGUUUUCCUUUUGUUCUACCAUCUCAUUAUACAUAUAUAUAUGGUUACUACUUCCCCAAUGCUUGCUGCAAUGAGGCUAACAUUUUGUUCAGAUCCUCACUGAUUAAAACUUCAUACAAUUAAGAAAAUUUUUUAAUUGUCUCCAUCCAUUCAUGCCAUUGACAACUCAUUGGUAAUCUAUUUGUUUACUUGAAAUACUUCAAAUAGAUUUUUUAGCAUUUUAAAAAUCAUUUGCCAAAUCACCAUUUUGUAUCAAAAUAGCCAUGUUUAUUUGCUUUUAAAGAAAGAAUACUUGAAAAAAAAAAAAAUUGUGUCAAAUUCUUCACAACUUUCUUUCAAAUCCUCAAAUUUAGAACCUUCAAUAAAAUCUCUAUUACUUUGUUGAUACAUCUCUAGUUUUUAUUUUUAAGUUUGUAUGCAAUCAAUAAAUCUUUAUUAGAUAGAUUUGUUUUUAAUAUAACUUGAUCAUUAUUCAAAAGGAUGUUACAAGUUUUCUUUUGGAGAUCUCCAUUAGAUCCCUUCUAGUUGUUUUUACCCAAACCAUUGUUUUUUUUUUUUUAAUUUUAAAACUGAUCUUGUUAUCUUUUCAUGUUCCCUUUAUUCCUUUUUUGCUAAAAAAAAAGUGAUGAAGUUUAUUGAUUUGUUUAAAUCCAUGUUACUCAUUACUUGUUGAUUCAUUAUUAUAACAACAACAACAACAACAAUAAUAAUUCAUAUCUGUGCUGGAUUUAAAGCUAAUUUCUAGAGGCUUUUUUUGUGUCCAGGUUUCAUGAAAGUAAUAAAUGUAUGAAAACUAUUUCAUUUUUUUCAUUGCAUUCAUAAAUCGUUUUAUGAAAGCAAUGAAUGAAUAUUAUUUUUAGUUAUUACUAAACUAUCAUAUCCAAAUUUUUCAACAUCUGCAUUCAGAUAACAUUAGUUUUACUUCAUCAGUCUCUCAGUUUUCUAAUUCCAUGUGCAUAAAUUAACUGUUUAUAUUUUUACAACUUGUGGAUGUUCUAUACUUCUAAAACAUAUCCCUUUGAGUUGCGGUAGGUAUUAAGAAAUCUGAGACGAUGUAAUAUUAAAAAAAAGUCUCCAAAAUCAUUUUUUUUACAAUUUUUCACAUUCUGAUCAAUUAUUCUAGGAAAUGCUUCAAAAGUAAACAAUUGUCAAUGUUUGAAAAUUUCACUGCUUUACAGGUUUGUAAAUUAUUCAAGAAAUUUUUUUGUAAUUCCCUUACAUUACUAUUGCUUGGAUUUGAUAUAACCUGUGGCUCUGAGUUGAAAUGAAACAAAUUUAUACAUAGGUUAAGAAAAGUAACUGGAUCAAUUAGGGAUAUACAACCCUGUGUUUUUCAAACAUACAUAUUUGGACUGAUUUUUAAAGAGGGAAUGGAAUGUGCAAUAAUAUCUGCCUAGAAACUGUUUUAAUUCUUGCCAGUUCCAGUAAAAAUUUGUAUCCUUUACUGCUUUACCAUAAAAUUAUCUUUUAAUAAAUUGAUCUGAUCAAUGUUUUUCAAUUUACUCUCUUUGGUAAGGUUGUUUAUUCUACAACACAACAAAGAGGUAUUGAAUUACAUUUAGCUUUCAGAUUCUACCUUCAUGCUACUGUUUACUUUUACAUUUGCAAGUCCAUGUUACCCUUGGUAAUUUGAAAGAAAAGUCGAUAUACAACACAUACACAUUGUCGCAUGAAUAAGAAAUUGUGAGAUUUUUUAAUCCUUCUUUAUGUAGGGUGCAUGUUAUAGCUGGUUACAAAGACCAUAUUUGAUGUUAGAGGUAAAGGAAUAUAAUGUUAUCUAGUACAAAUACAAAAUGAAAUGAGAAAUUUUGCAAAAAAGCAUUCUAUUUGAGCUGUGUGGGUGGGCAAGUAUAAUAUAUAUAUGGGCAAGCAUGGCUGUGUACUUAAGAAAUUCACUUUUGCAAUCAUGUGGUUUUUUAAGUUUAGAACCACUGAACAGCACCUUUGGCAUAUGUCUUCUUCUAUACCAUGGUUGACCAAUGCCUUGUGAGUGAAUCCCAUAGACAGAAACUACAAGAAGCCCACUGUGUGUAUGUGUGUGUGCGUGUGUGCAUGCAAAUAUGCAUGUAUGUUGAUAUUUCACUUAUCACCAUUUGAGUGACAUGGUGGUGAUGUCUGCAUUCCUUAAACUAACUGCUCUGUGCUUGCUAAGAUUUGUGGAAUAAAAAAAAAUCCCUUAGUUGGAAAACUGAAGAUUGGUGACAGGAAGAGCAUCUGGCCAUAAAAACCUUGCCUCAAAAUCAAUUCCUGUCCAAACCAUGCUAGCAUGUAAAGAAAAUAAUGUUAAAUGAAUGAACAGAAUAUAUAUAUAUCUAUAUGUAUAUACACAUAUACAUUAUUUAUAUAUAUACAUGCAUACAUUAAAUAUAUAUACACACAUACAUACAUAUAUAUAUAUAUAUAUAUAUAUAUAUAUAUACACACACACACACACGCACACAUAUAUAUAUGUACAUGGUGGUGGUGGUUGUCUACUCCUUACACAGAGUUUGACCACCUCCUGCACCGACACCUUAGCCCUUUCAUGGCGUCUGAUGUGGCUUUUUAAACCAAUGUUUUGAAAAAACACCCACACAGAUUGCACCUCUGAUUUGUACUACCAAUACACAUAUGUACACAAACACAUUUAUAUAUACAUACAUAUACACACACACACACACACACACACACACACACACACAUAUAUAUAUGAGAGAGAAUGAGAAGAGUAUGAUAGUCUGAAACUGCAAUAAGGCCAGAUGUGUUUUCCUCCCUCCUUGAAAAAUGUUAUUUUCACCCAAAAUAUUGGAUUAUUAAAUGUUUUAAAGUCAAAA